AUGUCAAACAUAUUAACCAUAGGUUUCAACUUCUGGCGUUCCACGAUACUCCUCUUUUUUAGGCUAAUCCUAACCUUAGUCGAAGUUUUAUUCAGCGGUGCAAUAAUAAAAAACAUAAGCUACCUAACAGAAUCGUUGGACUUUUCCACAUCCAUAAAUAACGUCCAAGAAGUCAACAUUCACCCACGCAAAUAUACCAACAUCAUCAGUGGCAAUGCUUCCAAUAGGUCACACAGCCUACCGCCGACGACAUCACGUCACGGCAAGAAGAAGAGGCGACAGCAACUACGCAACCCCACGACCAAUUCCGAUGCGGGUCCGAGUAACAAAAAACUUUCGGAAGAUCAAAAGCGUCGAUGGAUUGAAAAAUCGGCCGCAAAUUCCGAAGAGAGAUCCCUUGCCGAUAAUUCGUCCUCUGUGAGUUCAACUUCUCGAGACGAAAGGAAAAGAGACCAAUCAUCCGUGCCCAUGAGAAUUCGUCAAGCGACAAAGUAUCACCAAUCGUUUCCGCGCAUUGACGGCACUGCGAAUUCCGUGUCAAUAAUGAAAUCGAAACCUGUCAAGAUCACCAUACGUCACAUGCCUCCAGAGAUAAUGUUGUGCAUAUUUGAUCUCUUACCGCGCAAAGACAUUUACACCUGUCUUUUCGUUUGCAACCUGUGGAAGGCUUUGGUCACACCUAUCCUAUACAGGGCUCCUCAAAUCUACCAUCAAUUCUCCUCUUCCGUCGCAUCAACCGACUCUCAUUCGGCCCUGGAUCCUACGGUCGCAAAGAGCAACGCGAUGUCAUCCUCUGUUGCAAAAUCAAAAUUGGUGUUAAACACAAAGACGAAACUCCCUUUGAAUUUUCCCAUCGAGGAAUGCGGACCGCUCAUCAGGAUUCUUGAUUUAAGUGAAGUCGAAUUUGUCACCGAUACCACCGUGCAAACUAUCGCUCUCACAUGCCCCAAUUUACGUCGCAUCAACCUGAACAAAUGCAUCCACAUAUCUGACGCCGCAUUGGAUUCUCUUUCGGUUCAUCGUUGUGCGACAUCCUUGUUGUCUGUGAGCCUGAGCGGAUGCCGAAAGAUCACGGACGCCGGACUCAAGAUGCUUUCGAAAUCAUGUCAAGGAUUGACCUCUCUAAAUAUCGCCGAAUGCUGCAAGAUCACGGACCGGGGCGUUCAAAUGGUCGCCAAGGGAUGCCCGAGGCUGAGACAAGUUCGCCUCUCGGAUUGUCCGAGACUCACCGAUCAAUCGAUUGAAGCGCUGGUGAUCAAUUGCCCGCGUCUUUGUUGGUUGGAUGUUGCUCGAAUUGGUCGUAUCACGGAUUCGUCUGUACGACUGAUUGCCAGCACUUGCCAGGAAAACUUGGAGUGGUUGAACUUGGCACGCCCUUCCCCCUGGGAGAUAGCCUACUCUUCUGCAUUGUCGAAUCCCACGCUCCUUCCCGCACCCAUCCACGCAUAUCGUCACGGUGAUAACAAUGAAGUAUCGGAUGGUUCAAUUGCACUGUUGGCCCGACAAUGUCCGAAUCUUCAAUUACUCGAUCUUUCCUACUUAAACUCCAUAACGAAUAACGCCAUUGACGCCAUCUCAAAUCACAGUUUUUCGCUCGUCUGCCUUACCAUAAUCGGAUGUCGGCUGAUAACCUGUGAUUCGCUAAGAUUUUUGGCACAGUUGAGGAGGAAGUCGGGACGUCUGGGUUGCAUAACGAUGGGCGACGCAGCCGGAAUAACCGAGGAGGACAUCGAGAGCAUCACCAACGAGCCCGAGGGAUUGUUAAGCGGAUGGCAAAAAAGUUCGGUCGAUGAGAACAGUUUGAAGGAAAUCCUGGGCGGUGCUGGUUGGGAGGAUACGGGUGCUUGGUAA